UUCAGAGCUGCACGAAGCACCAGGCUCGGCCAAGUGAGAACCCCAGCUUCGACCCAGCCCAUUCUCUCAAGGCCAGAGCGCAGGAGCCUGCACCACCUGGCAAGUCUCUCCCGCUCCCUGCAGCUGUCGUCAGCAUGGCCCAGGCUCCUGCUGAUCCAGGCAAAGAAGACCACCUUGAACAGAGGAUCCUGCAGGUGCUGACGGAGGCUGGCUCUCCAGUGAAGCUUGCCCAGCUGGUGAAGGAAUGCCAAGUGCCCAAGAAGGAGCUCAACCAAGUCCUCUACCGAAUGAAAACGGAGCUGAAAGUCUCCCUCACAGCCCCCGCCACCUGGCGCUUGGGUGGGGCUAGUCCUGGUGGCGAGGGUCCUGCAGAGCUGGCUGUCCCCAGUCCUGCCAAGAGGUCCCUACAAGGCGCAGCUACAAUUCCAGAGAGCCCUGGGCCUCAGUUCAGCCAACGAGAGAAAGAAAUCUACAGGUUUCUCAAAGACAAUGGUCCCCAAAGGGCUCUGUGCAUAGCCCAGGGGCUGAAACUGAGGACAGCAAAAGAUGUGAACCGAGACUUGUACAGGAUGAAGAGCAGGCAUCUUCUGGACUUGGAUGAGCAAUCCAAAACGUGGAGGAUUUACCGCCCAGAAGAUUCUGGAGGAACAGCAGAGUCUACCUCAAUUAUUCACCAGCACAAUCCAAUCAAUGUGAUCUGUCAGAAUGGACCGAACAGCCAGAUUUCCAUUGCACACUCGGAAGCCAUCCAGAUCGGACACGGGAACAUCAUGACGAGGCAGGCAGUCUCCAGGGAGGACGGUUCCGUGGGUCCCUGCCACCUCCCUCCAAUGGCACCAGGUGACUCCUCAAUUCAGGGGACCCUGGUUGAUGCCUGGGCACCCCAGGACAUCCACAUGGAGCGGUCCAUGCUCAGACGAGUGCAGCUGGGACACAGCAAUGAGAUGAGGCUUCUCGGCGUUCCAUCCGAGGGCCCUGCCCACAGCCCUGCUGGCAGCCCCCCAGUCUCUGCCACUGCUGCUGGCCCAGAAGUUUCGUUUGAAGAAAGAAUGCCCAAUCCAGGAACUCACCCCAAGGAGGACGCUGCCCAGAGAAUCCAUAUAAAAUCGUGCUUUCUCGAGGACACCACCAUCGGCAACAGCAACAAAAUGUCUAUCAGCCCAGGGGCGGCUGACCCAGGAAGAGCUGCAGGGUCUGGAGAUGGGGAGCCAGGGGAGGAUGCAGACACGCAACCCAGAAGUCACUUUCCUGGAGACAUUGGUCAGCCCAUCACUCACAACCACACGAAUCUCAGCCCCAAGCUGGAAGCUAUGACUCUUGGAAACAGGUGUCGCAAAGCUGCAGAUGGCAGCCACGGCGAAGAUAAAGCCUCACACUCGGGGAGCUGAUGGGAAGCUGGAAUUUAGAGCACAGCCUCACGUGGGGCUUGGACACAGGCUGGGGGUGAGUGCAGGCUGGCGAACCUAGCCUGCUGCUUGCUGCUUUCCAUGAGCAUCUUGUUUGAUCUGCUUGCUUCCUGGUACAUAACCUGCAUGAGUCAGUUUUCGGGGAUGGACCUGGCAUGGGGAUGGGUUCAGGCCAGAAGCAGGUGGCAGGGAGUUGCCUUGGGGAACCCUUGGUGUGCUGAGAGGAGGUUGGUAGAUGGGAGUGGGGCUCAGACCCCCAGACUGGCCCAGGCCACUCUCUCCACUCAUUCCUGGGCCCAGGGCACCUGCCUUGAGUUACCUUCCAUCCUGCUGUGGUUUGAAUGUUUGAGCCCCGACAAAACUCAUGUCAAAACAUAACUCCAACCAGGUGCAGUGGCUCACACCUGUAAUCCCAGCACUUCAGA